AUGCGCGUUCUUUCACUAUAUGAUAAAAAUCAAGCGACAGAAACUGCAGCAACUUCAUUAAUCUGCCAUUUAUACGGUCAUUGUCUCAGGAUUCUUUGCUUAUCUAACUUGCAUUUUUUAGAUUCACAUUUAUUUGUUUACUAUCCAACGAGCUUGCAAAAGCCGGUUCUCCUAACAACAAUAUUUAACUCAACAAAUUACUUAGUUGCUUGCCUGAUUCUAAUGUGUUUUCUUGCCACAACAGUUAUCCGACCUUGUAGUGCCACAAAAGAAGAGAAUAGACUUUUUGAGGAUAUUUUAGCAGAUUAUAACAAAUUAGUUAGACCUGUAGAUGAGAAUAAUGCAACACUUGUAGUUAGAUUUAAACUAAAACUCAGCCAGCUUCUGGAUGUGGUUACAAUAAUGAAUAAAGCAAAGUUAAGCUAUAAUGGGACUGUUGAAUGGACUCCACCAGCAAUUUAUAAGAGGUGA